AUGGGAAAAAGGGCCUGUGAGGAAAGUGUAAUUGAUGCUUCACUGAAUGAGUCCGUGUCAUCUGUAGGUCCAACAACUGCAAAAGAUGAGUAUGAACAUCUCUGCUCUCUGGUAAAUGUUAUCGCCAAACCAUUGGCUAGUCGGAAACUAGCAAAGAAGCUGUACAAAUUAGUCAGGAAGUCUUCGAAACAUCAACAUUAUCUUCGUCAGGGUCUGAAAGACGUCCAGAAAUCAAUUCGUAAGAAUGAAAAAGGGAUUGUGGUUCUUGCAGGUAACGUUAGUCCAAUUGACGUUUAUUCGCAUAUUCCGGCGUUGUGUGAAGAAAAGGAGAUACCGUAUGCUUAUACACCAUCCCGUGAACAACUGGGUUUGGCUGCUGGCCAUCGUCGUCCCGCCAUUUUGCUGCUUAUUCGGCCACAUGCCGACUACCAAGAAUUGUAUGACGAGGUUCACGAAACUGUUAAUGCUCUCGUCGUUGACUAA